GACACGGACCGGUCGAAAGGAAUACCCGAAAAUAGAAAUAACGAAAAAAGUUAUCAAACAGUAUUUACGUCUGAUUAAAUUUGCCGAGUUGCGUUAAGCUGAAAGUCUCGCACGUGGAGGAGUGCCUAGAGAAAAAGUUAAAAGACAAAACGCGACCAUGGGAGACAUUACACCCAUGGACGAGUUUUGCGGCUCCACAUUUUGGGACGCCAAUGCGACUUGGUGGACAGUUGAUCCAGAUUUUACGAUCUGUUUCGAACAAACUGUCUUAGUGUGGGCUCCUUGUGCAUUUUUUUGGGCAUUUGUUCUCAUCGAUUUUUGGUAUUUGAAAGCCAGUUUGGAUAGGAAUAUACCCUGGAAUAAAUUGAACAUUGGCAAAGUGUUGUUCAAUGUGGGCUUGAUUGUAAUCACCGCUUUGGAUUUAAUUAUGGUGUUUGUCAAGAAAGGCGAAGCGGAUAUACCGAUAUAUCCUGUUGAUAUUUGGACUCCUGUUAUUAAAUUGGCAACCUUUAUAAUGCUAUUGAUUUUUAUACCCCUCAAUCGGAAAUAUGGCGUGCAAACAUCUGGUUGCCAAUUUCUCUUCUGGCUUUUCUUGGUGAUCUUCUCCAUACCACGCUGUCGCACCGAGGCUAGAAUGCAUCAGGAGCGCAGUGAUAUAAUCAACUCACAGAAAGCGACGCCACAUGAUUUCUCCUGGGAAACGUACCAAUUUUGCAGCUUCUUCAUCUUCUUUACAUUGUCUGUGCUGAUGCUAAUACUCAAUUGCUUCGCCGAUCGAUUGCCCAGGCAAACGAAAUAUAAGCGAGGACCUAAAGAGAUUCCCGAACUGUCGGCCAGCUUCCUUUCUCGCAUCACAUACAGCUGGUUCGACAAGAUGGCCUUGAAGGGCUAUCGCAAUCCGUUGGAGGAGAAGGAUCUAUGGGAUUUACGGCCACAGGAUAGCUGUAAGGAGGUGAUGCCCACCUUUGCCUAUUACUGGAAUAAGAAUGUGCGCAAGAACUAUCGUCGCAUGGCUAAUGCACAGGAGACGAAGGCACAAUUCAGCAAUGGCAAAGUCUCCUUUGAGAAUCCCCAGAAGAAUGGCAAGAAGAAGGGCAUGGCUAGCAUUAUGCCGCCCAUAUACAAAUCCUUUGGUGGAAUUUUUCUCUUUGGCUCCUUCUUCAAGUUGAUCACCGACAUUCUAACCUUCGCCCAGCCGCAAGUGCUGAGCUUGAUCAUUGGAUAUGUGGAGGACUAUCAGACGAAUCCACAACCUGAAUGGAAGGGCAUUAUGUAUUCGAUUCUACUUUUUGUGCUAGCCAGUGCACAGACAUUCAUACUCGCUCAAUAUUUCCAUCGCAUGUUUAUUGUGGGUCUGCGCAUUCGCACGGCGUUAAUCAAUUGCAUUUAUCGGAAGGCUUUGCGUAUUUCGAAUGCGGCACGUAAAUCCUCAACGGUUGGAGAAAUUGUGAAUCUAAUGGCUGUGGAUGCACAGCGCUUCAUGGAUUUGACAACCUAUUUGAAUAUGUUGUGGUCGGCUCCAUUGCAAAUCGCUUUGGCUCUAUAUUUCUUAUGGCAGCAAUUAGGUCCAUCUGUGCUAGCCGGUCUCGCCGUGAUGAUCAUUAUGAUACCUCUCAAUGGAUUCAUAGCAAGUCGCAUUAAGACCUAUCAAAUAAGGCAAAUGAAGUAUAAGGAUGAACGUGUUAAGCUAAUGAAUGAAGUCUUGAGUGGCAUAAAGGUGCUCAAGCUUUACGCCUGGGAGCCCAGCUUUGAGAAACAGGUACUGGACAUACGUGAUAAGGAAAUAGCUACACUACGCGCUACGGCUUAUCUGAAUGCCAGCACAUCCUUCCUUUGGUCCUGCGCUCCCUUCUUGGUAUCAUUAGUCACAUUUGCCACAUACGUUCUAAUCGAUGAGAAUAAUGUGCUCGAUGCGAAAAAAACCUUUGUCUCAUUAUCAUUAUUCAACAUCCUUCGUUUUCCGCUAACCAUGUUGCCCAUGCUGAUCACCAACUUGGUGCAAACGCAAGUUUCUGUACAACGUAUAAACAAAUUCCUGAACAGUGAAGAGCUAGACCCAGACAACGUACAACAUGAUCCCUCAAAGCCCCAUCCCAUGAGCAUUGAGAACGGGCACUUCUCCUGGGGCGACGAGGAUGAGUUGACGCUCAAGAAUAUCAAUAUGGAGGUGCGUAAACACAAUCUAGUGGCCAUAGUUGGCACUGUUGGUUCCGGUAAGUCCUCGGUCAUCCAAGCGUUCCUCGGCGAAAUGGAAAAGAUCUCGGGCACGGUCAACACGGUGGGCAAAAUGGCUUAUGUGCCACAGCAGGCAUGGAUCCAGAAUGCUACCGUACGUGAUAAUAUAUUGUUUGGCAAAACGUACGAUCGCAAACGCUAUAAUCAAGUGAUCGACGCAUGCGCUCUGCGUACGGAUAUUGAGAUCCUCUCUGCUGGCGAUCGCACCGAGAUUGGUGAGAAGGGCAUCAAUCUGUCUGGUGGCCAAAAGCAACGCAUCUCCUUGGCACGCGCUGUGUACAGUAAUGCGGAUAUAUAUCUACUGGAUGAUCCGCUGAGCGCUGUGGACUCGCACGUAGGCAAACACAUCUUUGAAGAGGUGCUGGGACCGAAGGGCAUGUUGGCGAAAAAGACCCGCGUCCUUGUCACCCAUGGCAUUACGUUCCUGCCACAGGCCGAUAAUAUCUAUGUGAUGAAAAUGGGCGAGAUUACUGAGAGUGGCACAUACAGUGAAUUGCUGAGAAAUCGUGGCGCCUUUGCUGACUUCCUAAUGCAGCAUCUGCAAGAGGGCGAGGCGGAAGCGGAGGAAAUUGAUCAGAUCAAACGACAGCUAUCGCAAACGGAUCCUUCUUUGAUUGCCCCAUUCGAAAAGGCCAUACUGCUCGCUCGCACCGAAAGCCUCUCAGACUCUAUCUCCGUCACAUCUGCCGACAGCUUGAUGGGCGGCAGCUUGCGUCGUCGUAACAAGCGCCAGGACUCAUACGAUUCAACUGCCUCCGCUGCCUCGUUGAAAAAGCAACAAGAACUCGAAGGCAAACUGAUUGAGACGGAGAAAUCGCAAACGGGCGGCGUUGAUUUCAGUGUCUAUAAGCAUUAUAUCAAGAGUGUUGGCAUCUUUUUAUCGGUCGCCACUUUGGUGCUCAACUUUGUGUUCCAAGCAUUCCAAAUCGGUUCGAAUUUGUGGCUCACCCAGUGGUCCAACGAUAAGGAAGUGGAACAUAAUACGGAUAAAAGGAAUAUGUACUUGGGUGUCUAUGGUGCCUUCGGUUUCGGUCAAGGUGUGUUUGCCUACAUUGCGGUCGUGAUUGUCUAUUGCGGCGGUCUGCGAGCUGCCAAGCAAUUGCACAAUCAAUUGCUCCAUCAGGUGAUUCGCGGCUCACUAUGUCGCUUUUUCGAUGUAACGCCCUUGGGGCGUAUCUUGAACAGUUUCAGCGCCGAUAUGGAUGUUGUCGACGAAGAGUUGCCCGGCACCCUGGACUCUUGCAUGACCUAUAUAUUUGUGGUUUUGGCCACCAUUGUGGUUAUUAGCAUAUCGACGCCCAUUUUCUUGGCCGUCAUUGUGCCCAUUGCGUUUAUCUACUAUUUCGCGCAACGUUUCUAUGUGGCCACAUCGCGUCAGCUGAUGCGCUUGGAGUCCGUUUCCCGUUCGCCGAUCUAUUCGCAUUUUGGUGAGACUGUGACUGGAGUUUCAACGAUACGCGCUUACACAGUCGAGGAGCGCUUCAUUGAGGAAUCGGACAGUAAGGUGGACAAGAAUCAAGUGUGCAAAUAUCCAUCUCUGAUUGCCAAUCGUUGGCUUGCGGUUCGCCUGGAGAUGGUCGGAAAUUUGAUUAUCCUCUUCGCCUCGUUGUUUGCCGUGCUGGGUGGUCAAACGAAUCCCGGUCUGGUUGGCCUGUCGGUCAGCUAUGCGCUGCAGGUGACGCAAACAUUGAACUGGCUGGUUCGCAUGUCCUCGGACAUUGAGACGAACAUCGUGUCCGUGGAACGCAUCAAGGAGUAUGGAGAAACCAAACAGGAAGCCGCAUGGGAGCUCGAAUCGGACAAACAGCAUCCCAAGAACUGGCCAGAGGGCGGACGUGUCGAAUUCAAAGAUUUUCAGGUGCGCUAUCGCGAAGGUCUGGAUCUGGUGUUACGCGGCGUUACCUUUAACAUAACUGGCGGCGAGAAGGUGGGAAUCGUGGGCCGAACGGGUGCUGGUAAAUCCAGUUUGACUCUGGCUUUGUUCCGAAUUAUCGAAGCAGCUGGCGGUAAAAUCAUGAUCGAUGGCAUUGACAUUGCCACGAUGGGUCUGCACAUGCUGCGAUCUCGUCUAACGAUCAUACCGCAGGAUCCGGUUCUUUUCUCGGGCUCGCUGCGUUCGAAUCUCGAUCCGUUUGAGGUCAAGACCGACGAUGAGAUUUGGAAGGCAUUGGAGUUGUCGCAUUUGAAGGCCUUUGCCAAGAGCCUGACAGCCGGUCUCAAUCACGAAAUUAGCGAAGGUGGCGAAAAUUUGUCUGUGGGCCAACGUCAAUUGGUGUGCUUAGCACGUGCCUUGCUGCGUAAGACAAAGGUGCUCGUUUUGGAUGAGGCCACAGCAGCUGUGGAUCUGGAAACGGAUGAUCUUAUUCAGAAAACCAUUCGCAGCGAGUUCAAGGAAUGUACCGUGCUAACUAUUGCCCAUCGCCUGAAUACCAUUAUGGACUCCGAUAAGGUGAUUGUGCUGGACAAGGGACAAAUAACGGAGUUCGCUUCGCCCACUGAACUGUUGGGCGAUCCAAAAUCAGCCUUCUAUAGCAUGGCCAAGGAUGCAAAUCUUGUUUAGUUUUGUAACGAUA